CCGAGCCAGGGGAGAGGGGGCUGGUCGGAGCAGACGGUCCUUUUCCUCCCAGCUGUUGCCCGGGGAGGGGUCGGAGGCGGGUCCGGUUCAGCCCGGCUCCUCCCGGUGGCUCCGGCUGCCCCGAGAUGAGCAGCCCCGAUGCGGGCUACGCCAGCAGCGACGACCAGACGCAGGCAAGGUGCUCGCUCCCCAUCAUGAUGCCGGCCUUGGGCCCCUGCCAGUGGGCAGAGUCCCUGAGCCCCCUCGCAGACGCCAAGGUGAAGAGUGAGGCGGCCCCGGCGGGGGCUGCGAGCAGCCGGGCCAAAAGCGAGUCUCGCAUCCGCCGGCCCAUGAACGCCUUCAUGGUGUGGGCCAAGGACGAGCGCAAGCGGCUGGCGCAGCAGAACCCGGACCUGCACAACGCGGAGCUCAGCAAGAUGCUGGGGAAGGCCUGGAAGGCGCUGUCGCUGGCGGAGAAGCGGCCGUUCGUGGAGGAGGCGGAGCGGCUGCGGGUGCAGCACAUGCAGGACCAUCCCAACUACAAGUACCGGCCGCGCCGGCGGAAGCAGGUGAAGCGCCUGAAGCGCGUGGAAAGCGGCUUCCUGCCCCACGGGCUGGCGGAGGCGCCGGGCGCCGGGCUGGCCAGCGAGGGCAGCAGGAUGUGCGUGGAGAGCCUGGCCCUGUCCUACCCGGAGCAGGGCUACCCCGCCGUGCAGAGCGCGCUGCCCCCGGCGCUGGGCCACUACCGGGACUGCCAGCCCCUGGCUGCCGCCUUCGACGGCUACAACCUGCCGACCCCGGACCCCUCCCCGCUGGACGCGGCGGAGACCGAGCCGGGCUUUUUCACGCCGCCCCUGCAGGACGAGUGUCAGCUGGCGCCCUACGGCUACCCCGCGGCCGAGUACCCCGCGCACGGGGCCGAGAGCCAGGCCAGCGCCGCGCUCCGCAGGCACCUGCCCCGCGCCGAGCCGCUGGGGCAGCUCAGCUCCCUGCAGAGCCUGCUGGGCUGCCAGGGCCCCCUGCACGCCUACUACGGGCAGCUGUGCCCGCCCGCCGGCCCGGCCCGCGCUCCCCAGCUCCCACCGCAGCCCUGCCAGCCCUCGCCGCCGCCCGAGGCGCCGCAGUGCAGGGAGUCGCUGGAGCACCUGUCGCAGGACGAGCUGCUGGGCGACGUGGAUCGCACCGAAUUCGAGCAGUACCUGCACUUCGCUUGCAAGCCCGAGCUAGGGCUCCACUUCCAGGGCCACGAAGCCGGCCUGCCCGCCCCAGAGGCCCACGGGCCCAUCUCCUCGGUGGUUUCGGAUGCAAGUACUGCUGUGUAUUACUGCACUUACCCAGACGCCUAA